UCUCAUUAAAACCUUGCUAAUUGGCUUGUAAUGAUGCCAUCUGUAAGGCUUUUCGGAUGGUCAUGGUUGUAUGUGUUUAUAUUUUAUUCAAUUUGUUUUUAUACUUGAUCUUAACAUUUUCUCCCUUCUUUUGGCUGAAUAUGCAGACGUGAUGGCAGCAUUUCUUCUGUUGGUCGUAUUGCAAUUCAAUCAUUCUGUGCUCCACAGUGUGAAUAUACCGACAUGGUUUGUGGCGCUGCUAUUUGCUCUUACCGUUUUAAUUGCAUUGGGCCUCUGAUUUACACCCGCUUCUUGGUUCCUUUGCCCUGCAGUUUUGUUGUUAGGAGUUUGAAUGGGACAUGCUUUCCUUUCUUAGAUCUCUAAGAGCCAUGGUCAGAUCUUCAAAUGCAGUUGCUGUUGUGACAUUUCCACCUAGUCUUCUUUUGCCAUCCUUCUCUAUAAGAUGGCAGCACAUGGCAGACACCUUGCUAUCGGUCAAAGCAAUUCCAGACGAGGACAAGGAAUUGGAAAAGCUCCUUACUGGUUACCAGGACAUGGUAGGGCUUCUCAAUGUGCACAAAGUAGCACAGAAUAAUACACAGGUUCCUGUGAUCCUUGAGGCAACAACGUACUCAAUGAAGUUGAAAAGGCGGAGGUUUAUGGUUUUAGAAUGUCUAAACCAAGCCCCAAUCGAUGAUUCAAGUGGGAGUUCGUAUGGCACUUCGGGUAGUUGUUCUGUCUCCUCCAAAACUGGGGCUCUUGAUUUUUAACACCCAACUUAUAUUCCUCUUUUGAGAUGUCACUGAUAAAAAAAUUUCAGCUUGUAAACUCAACUCUAAGAGUCAGCCAUCAACCAUGAUGGCAAAUAGCUCCUUGUGUUUCUACAAAAUGUUUUGUUUUAGCGAAGCAGUCGCAAGAAUUAGAAUUUUGGAAUUGUUUAUUUCUCUGAUCAAUGUUUCAACAGGUCUUGUUUUACAAGUUUGUGUCUACUUAGUUCAAUGGAUGUAUUAGUAUUUGCUAAAACACCCAUCUUCUUUGA